GACAACCAAACAAAUAAAAGAGAACGUUGAUUUCUGAUAUUGGUCGUUGGUUUAAUGUGACGGGCUUCAUGCGGCCCGCGUGCCUUAGUUGCGAGGUACCAAAGUGCUGAAAGCGGGCGAUGUCUUGAAGGAGACAGUCAGUGGGUUUGCCGUCGGACGGGACAGAUUGGCUUGCGGAAGAGCCUGCUAUUUAUAUACCAGGGGGGAAGAACACUUCGAAGUUACAGACUGCCUUGUUUCCUUAAGACAAAACGUUACGAUUUUUAAGAAUGUAGCUCCUGGAUUUCGUAUUUUAUGAACCGAUUCGCGAACCUGUAAAGGGUACUUUAAACAUUUCAAGGCAUUCGACAGGAAAUAUCGUUACUUUUUAUUUGAGUGUUCAUAUGAAGGAGAUAUGUUCUUAAUAUCUGCGAGAUUUGGAUGAAACCAGCGAGACUGCACCAUGAACGAAAACAAUAACGAUGAAGCUCCAGUGAUCGCGCCCGGAACUGACAUUAAAAUCAACAAUGCUCUGGGCAGCAUUUCUCACAUACCACUCCCACAGUGGAAGGCAGCGGUGGAAACGAGACCUCCGAAUGACGAGCCGAAGUGGAAAUCAAAGUACGAAGAAACUGAGAAAAAGAGAAAAUCACUCCUCACGCAGACGCAGAAAAACCACCGAGAAUUUGCUGACCUGGAGCGGCGCUACCAGCAUCUGCACAACGACCACAAUUCCGUGAAGAAACAGCUCGCUGACAAAGACGCUAGGCUUGUGCAAUUACAGACAGUUUCAGAGAAGGUGUAUCGCGAGUACGAAGCGCUCAAGAACAAGCAUGAUGUGCAGGCGAGGGUCAUGCAGGAUGCCAUGAAGUCAGCGUCACAGUGGUACAUGCAGAAUCGUGAGCUGAAACGAAAGAGUUCGUUGCUUGCUCAGAAAUGCCUCAAAGAAGGAAAUGUAAGCGUAAUGGACGUCGCUGACGAAGCUGACACAGCGACAUCUGCAGAUGGAGAGUUGGACAAUCUUAUGAAAACUAUUAAAGAACUGACCGACGAGGUCGGACAGCUGCAGGCAGAGCUGAAUGGCACGAGACUGCAGGAAUUUGAAGCUCAAGAGCAUGCAACGAGUCUGGAAAGCGAACUGGAGGCAGAGAGGACUCGGCGGACGACGGCCGAGGCGGAGCUCCACGAGCUGAGAACGAUGAAGGACAAUCUUGGCCAUGUGUCGAGACUCGUGAAGAAUGAGAUGACUGCGCUUCGAGAGCUGUGUCAACACGAGAAGGAGGAGGCCCAGAGGGUGAAGUUCGAGGCUGACAAGGUGCAGAAGGAACACAACAUACUGAAGCAUCAGAGCGUGAUUCUGCUGACAGAUGUGGUGGGAGAUGAGAAGCUGAUGCUGCUGGUACAGGAAGUGGAAGUGCUGAAGAGAUCCCUAGAGGAUGAGCGGCAGAAACACGCACGAGAACUGCAGGAGCUGCAGGAGAAGCUGGAAGAGCAGGAGAGCGAAGCGCAGCUUGAACUUAUGGAGGAAAAGUUGCGUCUUGCCGAGUCGGAGCUGCAGUGUGCGCUGCAGCGAGCAGAACAGGCCGAGAAGCGAUCUUCGCGACUUGUCUCUAAAGUAAAUCAGCUACAAGAUGAACUACAGGCAAAGGCAUGUCCACCUCCACCACUGCCCCCUCCUCUUCCACCAUGUCCACCCCCUCCACCAGUAUCCUGCCCUAGAACCUUCGCUGUGUCUUUGAGACAGGGAAUUUGUACUUCCGCUACAGACGUGGGCUCAAGCGUGGAGACUGGGAACCCAGUGCUAGAGAUGGCCAACAUGCUGGGCAUCUCUCGCAAACCCUCGGCAGCUGCUGCGUUGCCUGGUGGUGCCAUUGAUGACAUCAUUAACCAAAUUAAGGGAGGCAAAUUCACGCUUAAAGCCACGGAGAAACAAAAGGAGGAAAAGAAGGAGGAACCACCAGCUGCAGUUCAAGAAAUGCUCAACAUACUGGGGACGUUGAAACGCCGACGACGUAACUCCCCACAGAAGUCGAGAUGGCCCGCGCCUGCAGAUGUCACUCUGUAAAUAAUUAUCAGUUAGCUGAUAACUUAUUUCUAUGAGUGUCAGAAGAGUUUCUAAAGUGGGCAUCGUAAUCGGCUGUGAAAAUUUUGUGAGAUCUGAUUUUCUGCACAAAAUAAUUUGUUUCUUAUUCAAAAGGCAGCAACAAAGAUUUUGUCUUGCCAGUUUUGUUUGAACUACGAAAUUUCAGGUUGAUUUCUUUGCUCCUUAUAUCUUAUAGUAGUUAUUGUGAUGGUAUUUGGUUUGAGAAUUUUUAUGCUUUGACAAGAAUAUGAAAAUUAUUAUUAUUACUGUAAUAUCAUUGAGUACUAUUAUGAAAAUUGGUCAUCCAGUGUCUGAUACACGUGUGCUAGCGAAGUGAAAAAGAUAGUCAGGGAAAUGUCUAACAAUUACAGGAAUUUAUGUUGUCGACUAUUAUGCUUUGAGAAAAUGUGUUUUUAAGUAACCCUAAAGCAGUGCUAAAAUGAAAGUUGUUAACACUUUGUAAACAUAAACAAAGAUUGUUAAGAAGCAUUAAGUCCUGUUUACUGAAGCUGGAAAAAUAUGUGUGGCAGAAACAUUGAAACUCUAGAAAGUUUUGAUGGCAUCAAACAUUUGUCAGUUUUGUUGUACGUUUUUUAUUUUAAUAAAUAAUUUUAAUUCCCAAGUCUGCCACAGCUGGCAAGUGACCAGUUGAAUACUGGAUUUGAAUUUAAGAUGAACAGACCUCGGAAUUAAGAACUCUGGACACCGUUACAUCAUCCGAAGGGUAGUGGCACAUUAAAAUAUUAAAGUUUUUAUU